AUAUAUAAUUAAUUGAGAUUGUGGAGUCUGGAGCUUUUGACAAGUGUCCUCCUUAUCACAGAUCGGUCUUCGCGGACUUCAGUUUCAGCGACCCUCGAGAUUCACGCUCCCGACAACCCUUCUUGAAGCUUGAUCUACGUCCUGACUAGCCUGAUCCAGUGAUCCUCCCUCUUCUUUCCGUUGUUCUUGCCGAUAUGCAUUCUGCUGCUCUCCCCUUGGCAGAAGACAUUUCUGGUCAAUUAUUCGUGGUGUUGGAUUGCGCGGCUGUGGAUCUGGAUGGAUGUGCUGGUUCCGUGAACAACAACCUGUUACGGCGGUGGCUUGGGCUGCAUGCGUCGGCGAUAGCUGAAACAGGAUCUGGAGCAGUAAGCAGUAAGCAGUUUCUCCGUCGACGAGUAAAAUGGCUUCUCGUCAAACAGUCUAAAUUGUCAAUCUUGGAGGCGUGGAGUACACAGAGAGAGAGAGAGAAAGAGAUAAAGAGAUCGAGGGGGGAGUGGGAGCUGGGUGGGGGGAGCCAAGUCCCUCGCUGCCUACCUUCAGAGCUUGUAUUCUGUUCGAGGCUGACCUCCUCAGAAGCACCGAUUCAGUUCCAUGGCCAAAGUCUUUUCCAGAAACACUAGGGUUGAAAACCUAUAUCAUAGAGCAAUGAUAGUGGAAGUGAGACAGGAUCCUGGCAAUUGUCUAGAGAAGAUGGUCGAAAUUGAACCUGGCAAGCACAAAUAUGUUUGCCAUGAAGAUAUUCCCCUUGGAUUGCGCCCUGUUCGAGUAUUUGUUUACAUUAAAGAUGCCAGGGAAAUGGGUAGAGAACAUAUUCUGCCUGCUGAUAUUAGGGCAAAUGAGAAACUGGAGUUGAACUACUCGAUUGAGAGGGGUUUCACCAUCACCCCUAUUAGGGGAAAUUUCAUCCCGAGGCUCGGGUUUAUUAUCGAAUUGAAACGCUUGGGAAAUAGGCUGAGGAGAUUCUGGUGACGUAACUUAAAUCAUGACUGGUGAUGUCAAGUGUAUAGUUAAUAGACAAAAGAACCUUUUGAAUAUUUGAUAAGGAAUAUUUGUAAUUUCUAACAUCUAAGUACUGUUUCAAACACUGUAUAUAAUAGCGUAGAAAAUAUGGGAAAUGAUUUGUGGUGCUUACCCACUUUCUCUUUAUCAAGUGAUGGACAUUGAUGGGACA